GCGACCGAGAGCGGAGAUUUCCACUCAACUGGCGCCGUGCCAUUGCAAAGGCGAGAGUGCAACAAGAGCGGCAAUAGUGCGCGGGUAUCUGUAUGGUGGUGUGGAAUGAGAGAGAUUUGUGUGAUGUGUCGUUAGGUCGAAACGGUCGAGUCGAGUCGGGUCGGGUCGUGUACCUUUUGCCACAAAUGUUUUGCCAGUCAGGCUAGGCUGACUGAGAUUUUGCUGCUCCGCAUGACGCGCAUUUCCAUCGAAGAUACCGAAAUACACUAGUGGAAAAAUUACUUGAGAGAUGAAUCUUUAAAGUUCAGCACUUUUCUAAAUUCGUAUUACUUCGUGUGUGCCACCGCGAGACGAAAAAAUUAAAAAGAAAAUCAUUAUAAUUAUAGGAAAAACCACCAAGUGUCAAAUGAGUGAAGCGUGAAAAAUGUUCCAAGAAUAUAAUCACAGAAAUCUGAAAUAAAUUACGAGCUGCAGAUAAUAUUUCCCGCCCAAAGGAAAUUAAACGAAAAUUCAAAUAAAAUAUAAAUUCAAAGAGAGAUUUCAAUCCGAAUCGAUCCGAUCGUCGUGUCGUGCGAGAGAGUGCGUGCAAAGUGUAUUCCAGCAAUUAUCCCACGUGUUCCGAUCCGGCCGCCAAAAUUAUUACGCACAAUUCCCUGAGCGUGUACGGCGGCGGCGUCAUGUGCGCCUCCCCGUCCACGGCUCCCGGUUUCUUCAAUCCGCGGCCCCAGUCCGGAGCCGAGCUCUCGGCCUUCGAUCUGGGACUGUCCCGGUCGAUGGGGCUGGGCGUGCCGCCACAUACGCCCUGGCACGACCCCAAUCUGGGCAGCCACCUCCAUGCCACAUCGGCGGGUCCGGGCGGUUCGCUGGCCGGCACCACCGGCACCAGCACCGGCGGCGGUGGGACCACACCCAGCAGCGUGGCCAGCCAACAGUCGGCGGUGAUCAAGCAGGAUCUCUCCGGCCUGUCCUCAUCCACGGCGAACCACAACCAAAGCUCCCAUCACGGCAUCAAGGAGGAUCUCUCCAGCCUGCCCAGCGCCAACGGAGGCUCCUCGUCGGGCCAUCAUUCCAGUGGCGUGCAGUCGGGCCAUGGCCCCGAUAUGCUGCCCAUCAUCAAGGGCCAGCCCGCCAGCUGCGGUGGAGGAGGGGGUGGGGGCAGUGGCGGCGGAGGCGGAGGCGGCAGCACCACUCCCAGUUCCCAGGCCAACAGCUCCCACUCGCAGAGCAGCAACAGUGGCUCCCAGAUCGACUCUAAGCAGAACAUCGAGUGCGUUGUGUGCGGCGACAAGAGCUCCGGCAAGCACUACGGACAAUUUACCUGUGAAGGCUGCAAAUCAUUCUUCAAACGCUCUGUGCGACGCAAUCUCACCUACUCGUGUCGCGGCAGUCGAAACUGUCCCAUAGAUCAACAUCAUCGCAAUCAAUGUCAAUAUUGCCGAUUGAAAAAGUGUCUCAAAAUGGGCAUGAGACGCGAAGCUGUUCAACGGGGACGCGUACCACCCACACAGCCUGGUCUGGCAGGCAUGCAUGGCCAGUACCAGAUCGCCAAUGGAGAUCCCAUGGGCAUUGCCGGCUUCAAUGGUCACUCGUACCUCAGUUCCUACAUCUCGCUGCUGCUGCGAGCGGAGCCAUAUCCCACGUCCCGCUACGGCCAGUGCAUGCAACCGAACAACAUUAUGGGCAUCGACAAUAUCUGCGAGCUGGCCGCGAGGCUGCUCUUCUCCGCCGUCGAAUGGGCCAAGAAUAUACCCUUCUUCCCCGAGCUGCAGGUCACCGACCAGGUGGCCCUGCUCCGCCUAGUCUGGUCGGAGCUGUUUGUGCUGAAUGCCAGCCAGUGCUCGAUGCCACUGCAUGUGGCACCACUGCUGGCGGCGGCGGGUCUGCACGCCUCUCCCAUGGCAGCGGAUCGGGUGGUGGCCUUCAUGGACCACAUACGCAUCUUCCAGGAGCAGGUGGAGAAGCUGAAGGCGCUGCAUGUGGACUCUGCCGAGUACUCCUGCCUCAAGGCGAUCGUUCUGUUCACCACCGGUAAGUUGCUGGACAUCCUCUACAAGGAUGUGCCCGCACUGCUAACGAAAGUUUCAGCACUGCUCGGAAAGCCGUCGAGCUCCUCCACCAACGACGAUAUCCUCAAUAUAGUGCGUGACCAUCUCGAUGAUCUGAAUCGCCAGGAGAUGGAGUCGCAGGCUCCCACCCAGGCGCCCAUCCACUUGGCGGCUUUCAUGAAGAGUGUGGCCGGCGUUGAGGCUGCAGUGCAGCAGGCGGAGCAGCACCAACAGCAGCAGCAGGUGCAGCAGCAACAGCAGUUGCAGGCUGAGAGCAAACCCUCUCCCAUCUGUUCCUCUGCGGCUGUGGUGCCCUCCGCCGGCAGUGCCUUCAGCAGCUGCGCCAGGUCCACUGCCAGUGCCUCUGAGAUGGAUCUCCUGGCCAGUCUAUAUGCCCAGGCACAGGGUGCGACCUCGAAUGGGGACUCUUCCGGCCACAAUAACAGCAGCGGUCUGGGGUCCUCGCUUCCUACUCAAUCGCAAAGCGGUUCGUCGUCCCUCAACCUAACCGCCUCGCCGCUGAGUACUUCGCUGGCCCCCGUCCCUGCCCCAGUUGCAGCCCCCAUCUCCGUGUCCGCUCCUUCCUCUCUUUCAAUCCCCACUUCGGUGGCUGCCACCACCACGGCCGCCUCUUCGCUGGGUGGAGCCUAUCAGACGUCGUCCGCUGCGGCGGCGGCUGCUGCCAUGUUCCACUAUCAGACGCCGCCGCGUACCCCCUUCGGAUCGGCCUUCGAUAUGUUCCAUCACAGCACGCCCUUCGGGGUGGGGGUGGGGGGUAUGGCACAUGGCCAUGGCAGCGGAUCCUUCGGUAGUCCCACCUAUAGGUAUUCUCCCUAUAGCCUGGCGGGCAGUAGAUGGCAGUUGUAGGCCGUUGUUUGUCGCUAGAAUCUCAUCCCGCCUCAGUCGUAUAGCUCUACCUGUAAAUGUAUCUGUAUCCAUGUCUAUAGCUAGUAUAGCACAUACGUGUAUCUAAAGCUACUUUAGUCGCUAUCUAAGUAUUUAUUGCCUUACACUAAGUCUAAAUUAUUAUAGCCGUAAUCCUUAGCCUAGAAUCGUUAUUGCCAAAAAUACGCAUACAAAGAAUCGAUGAAAGUUUGGAGUAAAAAUGAAGAAAGAAAAUCCUCAGAAUAUAUAUAAAGCUGUUGCUGUUAAACCAAAAAAUCUAAUCCUGGCUUGUGUUUUUACUCGUUUAUUUCGUUACUAAUUUUUUAAAUCGCUUGUUGAAUAAUUUUAAAAGUAUUCACUAACAAUGAUUAUAUCCUGACUAACAUUCCUAACUCUAACAUUGGUAUCUUGAAAAUCUGCUAAGCCUGAAGACUACUUCAAAGUACAAAUAUUUGUCUCCCAAAUAAGUGGGGAGUUAUAGAUGUUGAAGUAAACAAAAUAUUUCUAUAAUAUUUUUGAACAAUACUCAUAGAUGUUAUAAAAAACCAAUUUAUCAAAGUUCAAGCAAUUAUUUCAUAUCUUCAAUCUGGAUUGAUGGUGAAAUCUGUUCAUGAUACAAGAUUGAAGUUUGACAUAAUUAAUGUUGAGCUAAAAUUCGUUAAUGAAUCACUAUGAUCAAUUAGUUUUAGUUUCAAUAACUAAAAUUUGAUUAUUCCUACCUUUUAUUGGAAUAUGAAGCAUUUGAAACUAAAAUAAUUUGAUCAUGGUCAAACAUAUAUAUCCAAAACUUCAAUAGAAAUUUCUAGAAAAAUAUUUUGACCAUCCAAAAGUUUUGUAUAUCAAUAUCAUUACACAAUCAACAGCCACAUUUUCAAAUACAUAUUCAAAGAAUUUGUAUCUUUCUGAAUCAGUUUAUUUAGAAAUAUACGAAGAAGAAAAUCAGUCUUUAAAAAAUAUAUACAAUAUAUACAACGAUUGUCCUACAAGGUCCCGAAUUUUGUGGAUGAACUUUGUAGAACUUUCAUUAUUGAUCCAACAAUUUUUAGAAAAGUAUAUCCACGACUUCAAAUUCGUUAACGCUAUAAAUAGUUGAAAAAAAAAUUAAAACUUUUUCUCAAAAACGGCAAAUGGUAAAGCAAAAAUUAACCAAAAAAUAACCAAUCUAUUAUCUCGAAAACUUAAAAUGAUGAACACUCUCUGAUUAAGUUUUCGAGACAAUCAAAUAUUAUUCCCAGGUAAAGGCUUUAAUUUUUCUUUCAUUUAUUCACCUUUUCUUUCAGCACAUGGAAAGCUUUAAAUUUGGUUGAUUUUUAAAUCGCUAAAAAACCUAUAAUUUGAACAAAAUUUGCAGUUUUCCUUUCUCCACACAUUCAUUUAUUUAUUACUAAUUUUUACACAUUUUUAUUUCCUUUUUUUUUAACAAAAAGCUUGACUCAAAAUUUAAUCUCAUCCGCACGUGGCUACAGAACUCUGGACUUUGGGAUUGCACACACAAAUGCACAUCUAACACGCACUCAAACACACACACACACAUAUACACACAUAAAUCACAGCCACUAAUAUGUGAAUACUUAAACAAUAUAUUUCCUAAGAUUAUAAGUAUAUAUAUUUAGGUUCCACGUGAUAAAUAAAUCAUUGAUGUUUCGUAUGCAAAUAGAAAGAACAGACAACUUUUUUUUGAGUCUAAGUUAAGUUUAAGUUAAGUUUAAGAUAAGUUUAUUUCUAAGUUAAGGUUUUUACGGGUAAAAAUUCAAAAAAUGCAAAACUUUAUAGCAUUUCGCGCACUGAAUCGAUGUAAUGUGGCACAAAAACUACUAAACUUUGUACGAUUUUACGAUCUUCCCCAAAGUUAAACAAUUUUCCUCAUCGAAAAGAUGAGAAAACGAACUAUUACCUUGAUAUAACUAAGUUCAAAGAUACCUAAAAUAGUUUUCAAAGUCUUUUUUUUACAAGUAAAGUGAAAUUUGGCUUAGGUCUGAACCUCUCCCAUGUGCACCCUCCUUUAUGCCAGCACUCCUUUCUCGUGUCAUGUCAACCAGCUGUCGAGGGGCACGUCGCAAAUGUUUUUUCCUCUAAACUGAUCCGAACCGAUCCUCCUCUUAGGCCCCUCUCUUCCACUGUUUUCGUGGCGACGUUUAUUGACGUCGCGAUACCACAUUAUGAACAUUAAUACAACACUCGUUUAUGUCGCUUACUUACAAGCCAAACUCUAACUCCAACUGCAACUCCAGCUCCAACUCCAACUCCAAUCCCGACCCGAUCCGACCAGUGGACCAUGUCCAAGCCUUGGCCAAAACUUGCAAUGAAAAUAAUUUUUACAAUUUCCACAAAACGCUGUGUGUGUCGCUAGGCCAAAGCUCUGCAUCUGCCUCUGCCUCUGCCGCUGCCGCUGCCGCUGCCACUGCCCCUCCUCCUUCUCCACCAUCAUCUCCUCUAUGAGGGGGCGUGUGUGGCAUGGAGUUUGCUCGUUCGUGGACUCGUGGACCCAUGGACCGACCCGACCAGCGCGCUGGUGCCCAUGGUCUGGGACCGAGUUGCAGGCCGCAAUUGCAUUUGAAUUGGCUGCAUGAGUCCAUAAACUGCAGCCGAUCAAUCGCUGCGUCGUCGUCCCCAUCGUUUUCGACUCUUUCUUUGCAGAUUGUGGGAGACGAGACACGAUCGCGGUAGUAAAAUACCGGGUAUAGACUUACUAGAUCUUCUGCUGCUGCAGCACAUUGACGACAUGUCUUCUGCGGCUCUGAUCCUAUGGCUGUGUGGCUGUGUGGCUGUGUGGCUGUGGCAUGGUUACCCAUGGUGCAUCUUCCAUGGCCAGGGCUCGGCCUCUGGCUCCGUCUUCCCCCCUUCUGAUUGCUGUCGUUUGUUGCAGUUGUUAAGAGUUGUAGCUUUCAUGUCUUGGCCACACUUUUUGACCAACAUUCUGUGUGCUUGCGCUUUUGGAUGUGGCUCUGGAUCUGGCUGUGGCUGUGUCUGUGUCUGCGGCUGCUCAAAUCGUUUUGUGGCGCUCAUUGAUCGCUUGCGCUACUUUUUCCCUGAAAAUUGCCAGAGACGUGCCUUGUGGCAUAGGCUCGCUCCCCUUCUUGUAAUUAACAGUUUGAGUCGAGAGGCAGACGGUCUCGUUGAUUAGAAUCAUUAAGGGCGCGUUUCGAUAUUAGCUUUGCUUUGGGAGUCAAAGUUUGCUCAAGAUUUAGAUGCCGUUGAUAGAGGGCAGGCCUCCUCGCUCGCUUGUCUCUACACAGCUGACCCCACAUGACCCCUCGAUCCUUAUUAAAACUAAAUAAAGCUAUAACUGUUUUUGCGGCCAGGCCAGGUCCAGACACGAACUUUUGGUCCGCCAGAACUGGUGCCGCCAUAAAGAACACAAAAUCUAAUAAAAUAUAAUGCAGCAAUUCAUAAUUUUGUUAAACAGCGUCGUUUCCCCCUCCCAUAUCAUCCUUGUGCCUGUGUGGCUGUAUGCUUUUCCGAUAUGUAGAGUCGUCUGGUGGCUUGGUCCAACUACUUUACGGUCAUUAUGCAUUUAAAACACGCGGUCACGAUCUCUGCCUCCCUCCCCUCCCCUAUAUAUAUCACCGUCUGCGUCCGCGCUGCUGAGUUAGUAACUGCGACGAGUCGAAACCCGAAAACCAAAGCCCAAAACCAAAAACCAAAUACAAAUCGAAGCCAAAAAACUCGUAGGGUACAUAACUACAAGGCAGGAAAACGGUUUAACAAAGACUCCGGAGUCGAAGGUAGAGAGCCACAGCCACAGCGAGAGCCAAGAGGAAAAAGACAGAAAACCACAGCUUUGGGGGGUCGAAGAAUCAAAUACCCACGAAAAUCAAUCGUUCUAAUGUUAAAUAUACCUUGGAUU